AUGACUUAUCUUUGUGAUAAAAAAAGAGAAGUUGAAGGGGAUAUUGAUGAAGAGAAAGGUUCUACUAAAAGAUUUAAGUCACAAGGUAAUAUUGAAUAUGGGAAUCAAAAACAAUUUGAACCAAUCAUCACUCACUCUUCACAGUUGGCUCCUUCAUACCAAUAUCCACCACAUCAAUAUCAAUAUUAUCCACAUCAAUAUCCGCCAUACCAACAACAAUACCCAUUACACUAUCAAUAUUAUAAUCAAAAUCAACAACAUUUCUUUGAUUCCUCUUCUCAAAAUCAACAAUAUCUACCACAGUUUCAUCAAUAUCAUCAACCUUACUUGAUACCUCUUCUCAAAAAAGAGUUAAUUGGUAGUAUUGUAAUUACAUUGUACAAUAAUAAAACCUAUAGAAUCAAUUCUAUUGAAUGGAAUAAAACUCCAGAAACCAAGUUUACUCCCAAUAUUGGUAGUGAUAUGUCUUUUGAAAACUUAUGGACAAAAAGUUACUAA